AUGGCUCUCCCGUCCCUCAUGUUAGCCACACAACAGCCAAGGGAGUUUAGCAACACGUGGGACUCGCCCCCCAACAAGCGGCUGAUUCCAGAGUUGCGGCAGCCCGAUGCUCCAAAGCACAUUUCUCUCCGAAGUCAGUCUCUGCCAUGCCACUUGACUCUCAAGCCAGCCGCCGCACUCUUUGGUUCGCGCCAGAUCUGUAAUUUCAGCGGGUUUAUUUUCGGCUUUGCAGGGAGCUGCUCAUGUAGAAUUUCCCCUCCCUCCCCCUUCCCCAAGAAGCGGAUCUUUUUGGCCGAGAGGGGAGCCAGACAGCGGGACCAGUGGAUCCUUCUCGCCCGGCACCCUUGGAGCGAAGGGGGCACCCGGGCAGAGUGCUGGAGGGGGCGGCCAGGGGCUUCCCUCUCCGGCCCCCACCCACCCACCGACAGACCCCGGCCGGAUCCCGGAUCCGAAGCCAACGGGGGGGCCGCAGAGCCGCCUGCUGCCAGGCAAGACUUGCUGGGCUUCGAAGCAGCUCGCUCAACUUCCCGGUGCCCAGCCGAGCCAUGCCGGCCACGUCGCCCCGCAGCCGCCCGCGCCGGAUCGGGCGACUUGGCCACGUCUGAACGGACUUCCCCGCCCGAUCCGACACGCACAGGUGGCCCUGGGGAUGUGAGCCGCCCCCGAGACCCGCCGGGCUUACUCCCAGGGAAAAGCGCACCCGGGGAUCGGCCGCCGCCAAGCGAUGGAAUUUCUGGCCUGGCUGGUCCCCUCCUUGCUGUGGCUGGGCGCUCGGCAGCACACCUGCGCCAGGAGUGCGUUGGGGGAAGAGCCAUGAAUGACAUUGGAGACUACAUUGGCUCAAAUGUAGAAAUAUCUUGGUUGCCCAACUUGGAUGACUUAAUGAAAGGGUAUGCCCGGAACUUCAGGCCCGGGAUCGGAGGCCCGCCUGUCAACGUUGCUCUGGCCAUCGAGGUCACCAGCAUCGACCACAUCUCCGAAGUGAACAUGGAAUAUACGAUGACCGUCUUCUUGCAUCAGAGCUGGCGAGAUGACCGGCUGUCGUACAAUCACACGAACGAAACUCUGGGCCUGGACAGUCGCUUUGUGGACAAGCUCUGGGUCCCGGAUACGUUCAUCGUCAAUGCCAAGUCCGCCUGGUUUCAUGACAUCACUGUGGAGAACAAGCUCAUUCGGUUGCAGCCUGACGGGGUCAUUUUAUACAGCAUCAGGAUUACAUCAACGGUGGCCUGCGACAUGGACCUCACCAAGUAUCCCAUGGACGAACAAGAGUGCAUGCUGGAUUUGGAGAGCUAUGGCUACUCCUCAGAGGACAUCGUCUACCACUGGUCGGAAAACCAGGACGAGAUCCAUGGCCUGGAUAAGCUGCAGCUGGCUCAGUUCACAAUCACCAGUUACCGGUUCACGAGGGAAAUCAUGAACUUCAAAUCCGGGCAGUUUCCCCGUCUGAGCCUUCACUUCCACCUGCGGCGCAAUCGGGGUGUUUACAUCAUCCAAUCCUAUGUGCCUUCCAUCCUACUGGUUGCCAUGUCGUGGGUUUCUUUCUGGAUCAGCCAAUCAGCGGUGCCUGCCCGAGUCUCAUUAGGUAUAACUACCGUCCUCACCAUGACGACCUUGAUGGUGAGCGCACGUUCCUCUCUGCCGCGGGCUUCGGCCAUCAAGGCCCUGGACGUCUACUUCUGGAUUUGCUACGUGUUUGUCUUCGCUGCGUUGGUCGAAUACGCGUUUGCCCACUUCAACGCUGACUACAUGAAAAAGCAGAAAGACAAACUGAGGAGCAGCCGGCAAGCCGGAGAGGUCAACGUGAAGAACGCCAUUGUCAUGUUCUCCCUUUCGAUCGCGGGUGUCAACCAGGAACUUGCCGUUUCCAACAGGCACCACAAAGCCCCCAAAAACCCGCCCUGCUCGUUCGGUUCGGUGGAAGUGGAAACGGGAGAGACGAAGAAGCGGCAAGAGGCGAAAUCGGAGAAGAAGAGCGGCCUGAAGUCCCUCUUCAAGCCCAUUGAUGCCGACACCAUCGACAUCUAUGCCCGAGCGGUUUUCCCAGCAGCCUUUGCAGCCGUCAACAUCAUCUAUUGGGUUGCUUACACCAUGUGAAGGCCCCAAACCGAAGCCAGCUGUGUUCCAGAGA